CGAUCGACAGCAGCUCCCGAAGGUUUGUCCGUGUGGCACCGGGACCCCCGAGGGAUCCACCGCUGCCGGGGCUGCCCUGGCUGCGAGUGCCCGAGGAGAGGCCGGUUCGGGCCGGGAGGAUCCCAGUGUGGCGAUGGGAGCGCUGGUCUGAGCUCUGCGAGGGACCCCCGGGUGCGGAGGCGAGACCCGCAUCCCCCAGUUGAGGACGAGGAGGAUAAACCAGAGGUGAUCCGGUUCCGUCCCACGGGAGCGCUUCUGGCAGGCUCGGUGCCUCAGAGGAGCGAGGAUGGCUCAGGAGACGAACCAGACGCAGGUGCCUCUGCUGUGCACCACGGGCUGUGGGUUCUAUGGCAGCCCCCGGACCAACGGGAUGUGCUCCGUGUGCUACAAGGAGUUCCUGCAGAGGCAGCAGAGCAGUGACCGGAUAAGCCCUCCAGCACCCAGUGGUCCCAGCAGCAGCCCCAUGGCUCCUGAGGCAAUCGCAGGACAGUGUGCAGAGGAAGACUCCACACCUGAGGAUGCAAAGGCCAGCGCUCAGACUCCUGUGACCCAUCAGAUGACAGCCAUGAGCAUAUCCAGAGAGGAAACUAGCAACGAGACAGAGGAAUUCAGCAAGACAGAUGAAGCCUCAUCAGCUUCUUCUUCAUCAGGUACCCUGCUUGAGAUAUCCCAGAACACGGCUGAGGGCAAGAUGGCUUUGGAGAAACCGAAACCGAAGAAGAAUCGCUGCUUCACCUGCCGGAAGAAGAUUGGGCUGACUGGCUUCGACUGCCGCUGUGGGAACCUGUUCUGUGCCAUUCACCGGUACUCUGACAUGCACGCCUGCCCCUACGACUACAAGGCAGAAGCUGCCGAGAAGAUCCGCAAGGAAAACCCCAUCGUUAUCGCCGAGAAGAUUCAGAAGUUGUGAAGGGGUCUGAGCAGAUCGAACUGCAGCCAGGCUGCCUGGUGCUCCUCCCCUUCCUCCCAGCCUUCCUUCUCCUCCUCCCAGCCCC